AUGGAAACUACCUCAAAUCUCACUGCUCAGGCGGCCAGGCUGUCGGAGGAGCUCACUAUGUUAUCCGAGCGCUGCGGUCACGACUCAAUCAUCAAGGACAUCACCAACAUCAGUGGAGAGCUGACCAUGCUUUCGGAGACUCUGCAAGUACUCCAUGAAGCUAUCUGUGCCAAUGAGUCUGCCUAUACGACCGCCUUUCGGCAAGACCUGGAAGAGAUCGCCAACGAGUUGCACAUGGUCUUCGAUGAAAUUCAAGAGUGCUCUUCUCAGCUGCAGAAAGCCGACUCGCCAUCUUACUCUGCAGUCAGCUGGUUCUUUCGGAAGGGUCGUGCAUCCAGACUCCAGAAGCACUUGGAAGCUCUAAUGAGCACAAUCGUUGUCAUGCGCACAGUCCUUCAUCAUGGCAAGGAUUAUGGUAUCCAGACUUCCCCAGGCCGCCUCGCAGAAUCUGUUCCGCACACUAUGUCUGAGGACCGGGCCAUUCUCGAAUCAGUCUUUGCAAAGAACCGCAACGCCAUUGUCGACCUACACAGCCUUAAGGCGAAUCGCAGCCACAACCACUCUUCGUCCACCUCAUCCGACGUUCCACCCGAGCUCAGCCCCGGUGCUCAUGGUCGCAACCUAUCAUUUGCUACCGGAGUCGAUACUAUAUCAGUGCAAGACGUUCUCCCUCCACGAGUUGGGUACAAGGAGGAAAAGCGUAGCGCAAACGAAGGUCUCGCCCGUCGCUUCUCUAAACGUGUUGGUCUGGGUAUCCACAAAUCCCUCCUGGAGAUCAAGGCCACCGAAGCAGAGACUGUCCUACGCAAGAGAUGGAUCAGAGCCGACAUUGGCAAGCCGAUGCCAUCUAUUGCCGAGGCAUCAAGUGCAACUGACGGGAGUACCGUCACCAGCACGGACGCCGAAGCGUUUCGAAGUGUUCCUGAGCCGGCCACCUCGAGGAAACGGACCAACAGUCUCGCACUCAAGGGCUCUAGCAUCGGCAAGUCUCUCAGCCGUGCCAUUCGUGGGCUCUCUAUAGGAAACAAGCAAGUCAAGGACAAGAAUUCCAAAGAGAACAGUCCUGUCAAAGAUUCCGAUUAUAUGACACAACAACAGAUAUUAGAUGAGGGCGAUCAACAGGACUCGGUCAACGCACUCAAGCUGAAGCUUUCGAAGCCGGAUCUGAUGACUCCAGAUUACAACAAGAACUUCGAGAACGGUGUCUGA